CCUCCAGUCUUUUUAAUGAGUCUGUGAUGCUAAUUGAGUGGCUGGGAGGGAGCAUUGAUCAGCGCUGCUCCCGGCAGAACAACUCAAAGGCAGGGGCAGAGGCAGGGGCACGGGCAGGAUGUGCUGUUUGGCGUAGGUUUACAGUUCCUGUCUCCCAAAGGGCGUGUGCACCUGUUCCAGAAUAACGGCUCUGGCUCUUCCUGUUAAUCAUCACUCUAAAGAUAUGACGUUUAAUUUAAACUUUGCUGUACUACGAUCAUGUCAGCGUUUAUUAAGUCUCAUAAUGCCUGUGACAGCAGAGGCCAUCUUUGUAAAGAGCAAGUUACUAUGACUCAUGGAUGGUAGUUUGUUUUUUCCCCCUGCGUGACUGCCUAUCAGUUGCCAUGGAACUUUGCCUGAUGCAAGCCAAUUCAAAGUUUACCAAUGUAGUAAGCCAAUGCAAGUGCGUUCUGGUGAUGUAGCAACGAUACAGUACUAUCACACACUCAUACUUUACAUAAUACAGUUGGUGUGUUGGUAAAAAAAUGGAAUUAAAUAAUGUUUAUCCACUGUUACAGUAACUCCACCACCUCGUCUAUGUGCUCUCCUCAUCAGUAAGUCCUAUGGUCAUGUAGAGUACAACUGCAAAAUAUUCACUGAUAGAAUGCUAUGCACAUAGUCAAUACCUGCUUGAAACUUUACUCAAUUGCCUGUUUGGUUGAACAUUCUGUUCUGUUUUUAUUUUCCCCCAACCUGUACAGUAGCUUUAUGGUUUAAUAUGUAUUCUCCAGUCUCUGCUGUUGUUACAUCAUCUAUCCAGGGAAAGAGGCAUUGUGGACCUGAGACUGGGAUACACACACAAGUCUGUCACAUCACUGGGGACUUCAGUCUAACCAGUAAGGCUGCCUGUCUGAGUGGAAACAAAACAAGUCCAAUUAUACCAGCUCAAGUACAAUGCAGUGGGGGCAAGCAAACAAUAUUGUUUUUUCUGUAUUCUCUAUCACAGACACCCUCUACUGAAAUUAUAUUAUUUUAUAAUGGAAAAGAAGAAUUCAGGUGCACACACACAAACAUACACGCAUCAACUAAAUAUUUAAACCCAUUCAUUUUAAAUAAAUACCAGAUAGGCCUACACACUUGUGAAAACAUCUGCCAGUCUUCACAUACAGUGGGGGAAAAAAGUUUUUAGUCAGCCACCAAUUGUGCAAGUUCUCCCACUUAAAAAGAUGAGAGAGGCCUGUAAUUUUCAUCAUAGGUACACGUCAACUAUGACAGACAAAUUGAGAAUUUCUUUUCCAGAAAAUCACAUUGUAGGAUUUUUCAUGAAUUUAUUUGCAAAUUAUGGUGGAAAAUAAGUAUUUGGUCACCUACAAACAAGCAAGAUUUCUGGCUCUCACAGACCUGUAACUUCUUCUUUAAGAGGCUCCUCUGUCCUCCACUCGUUACCUUUAUUAAUGGCACCUGUUUGAACUUGUUAUCAGUAUAAAAUACACCUGUCCACAACCUCAAACAGUCACACUCCAAACUCCACUAUGGCCAAGACCAAAGAGCUGUCAAUGGACACCAGAAACAAAAUUGUAGACCUGCACCAGGCUGGGAAGACUGAAUCUGCAAUAGGUAAGCAGCUUGGUUUGAAGAAAUCAACUGUGGGAGCAAUUAUUAGGAAAUGGAAGACAUACAAGACCACUGAUAAUCUCCCUCGAUCUGGGGCUCCACGCAAGAUCUCACCCCGUGGGGUCAAAAUGAUCACAAGAACGGUGAGCAAAAAUCCCAGAACCACACGGGGGGACCUAGUGAAUGGCCUGCAGAGAGCUGGGACCAAAGUAACAAAGCCUACCAUCAGUAACACACUACGCCGCCAGGGACUCAAAUCCUGCAGUGCAAGACGUGUCCCCCUGCUUAAGCCAGUACAUGUCCAGGCCUGUCUGAAGUUUGCUAGAGUGCAAUUGGAUGAUCCAGAAGAGGAUUGGGAGAAUGUCAUAUGGUCAGAUGAAACCAAAAUAGAACUUUUUGGUAAAAACUCAACUCGUCGUGUUUGGAGGACAAAGAAUGCUGAGUUGCAUCCAAAGAACACCAUGCCUACUGUGAAGCAUGGGGGUGGAAACAUCAUGCUUUGGGGCUGUUUUUCUGCAAAGGGACCAGGACGACUGAUCCGUGUAAAGGAAAGAAUGAAUGGGGCCAUGUAUCGUGAGAUUUUGAGGGAAAACCUCCUUCCAUCAGCAAGGGCAUUGAAGAUGAAACGUGGCUGGGUCUUUCAGCAUGACAAUGAUCCCAAACACACCGCCCGGGCAACGAAGGAGUGGCUUCGUAAGAAGCAUUUCAAGGUCCUGGAGUGGCCUAGCCAGUCUCCAGAUCUCAACCCCAUAGAAAAUCUUUGGAGGGAGUUGAAAGUCCGUGUUGCCCAGCGACAGCCCCAAAACAUCACUGCUCUAGAGAAGAUCUAUAUGGAGGAAUGUGCCAAAAUACCAGCAACAGUGUGUGAAAACCUUGUGAAGACUUACAGAAAACGUUUGACCUGUGUCAUUGCCAACAAAGGGUAUAUAACAAAGUAUUGAGAAACUUUUGUUAUUGACCAAAUACUUAUUUUCCACCAUAAUUUGCAAAUAAAUUCAUUAAAAAUCCUACAAUGUAAUUUUCUGGAUUUUUUUUUCUCAUUUUGUCUGUCAUAGUUGACGUGUACCUAUGAGGAAAAUUACAGGCCUCUCUCACCUUUUUAAGUGGGAGAACUUGCACAUUGGUGGCUGACUAAAUACUUUUUUUCCUCACUGUACCUGUUGAAGGGUAGUGAAAUUAGUCAUUAAUUUAUUUGCAUCCUGCUUCGCACAAAUACAAUAGUUUACCACUCAACAAUAUCCAAUAUCCAUCAGUUUAUGUGACUAUCAUUUGAAAUAGGGCCUCUUGACGUGCUAGUCACACACAUGUACACACGUACACGCAUGUACACACACACACCACAAACACAGUAUGAACAUAAUUUUCAUAAUUUAUUUACAGAGUGAGAAUAGACAGCAGUCUGGAAGCAGCCAACCCCUUCACAAUGCAUUUUCAGUCCACUAAACAGCUCUCACUGGGUGCAAAAAUGUAAAGAUCUUACCAAAUAUUACCAUUUCAAGUGUUCAGUCAAAAAUUAUCUACCUCCAGUUUCUCUUGUCAUUGUGGCUACAGUAAAUCAAUGUAAAUCUCAUGUGAGACAGUAGAUAUCUAUUACAUAUCUUUCUUAGAUUAAUUCAUUCAUUUUUUUCAGUGAGAUCUGUUGAAUUCAUUGAAUCCGGAACAAAUUAGUUUGAUCAUUUUCUCUCUAGAUGAAAAAAAGACACAUUCUGAGAAUAAAAGCUGGUGUCCAUGAAAAGUUCAUAAAGGUCAUCCCAUAAUCAGUGGGUGAAUAAAAUUGGCUUGGUCUUAAUAUAGAUGGCAACAAUAAUCACACAAAAUUCAAAUCUGUUUACUUCAUCUUUUUGGAAUAGGGUUUAUGGCCUCUGUCUAUGUAUCGUACACUUUCCAAUGGAUUCUCCAUUAAACAAUAAUCUAUUCCAUUUGUAAUCUCUGUGUUAAAUCUAGCAAGGAUGUGGGCAUUACUUAAAUCCUAACUUUUUCUCAAUGUAUUGAGGAACCUGAUUAUGACUCCAUGAAAGUUUGAUGGAAAAGUAUGAAAACACCAUCUCUGUCGCAUAGCUUGAAUUUUGCAUGAGAAAUGGUGAAAGUGUGUGUAAAUGUUACAAUUAUGAAUGCACCAAUUUGAGCCAGGCAAGAAUUCAGAGCGCUGGGGCUCCUUCUCAGCGGAAGUAUACUCUGGUGCUUUCACCUGACAAGUUUCCUCUACCAAAUAUCAUGCACGUGACUCGUGCUAUAAAGCUAUAAUCGUUUUUAUUUGUAUUUUAUGUGUCUGGGGUACGGUAUGUGAGGCCACCAGGGAGGACAGUAAAGAUAGCUGCAUGUGUUCCAUGAGGCUUUAAUGGUGACCUACUUUUACUGUAGAAUAAGAUGUACAGUACACUAUUAUGUCUGCACUUAAUGAGAGUGAAGAUGAUGUGCUGCUUUCGUUAACUGUAUCACAUACUGGCAAUACAAUAUCCCAAAUUGGGAACGGUAACGUGUCGUCAGUGGAGACUCUCACAUCUGUUGCAGAAGUGAUAUGAGUUUAGACUUGAGGCAAUUUACUGUAAAUUGUCUUCAGUCAUUAAGUUUACACAUGCAUUCUUUUGCUAAAUCAUGUUAGAGCCACUCCCGAGUUGUUUUUCCAACAAGCCUAGUUUGAAAACAGGAAGAAAAUAUUUUAGGUCUGCAGGGAGUUCUGUAUCGUAGUUAGGGUUUUUGUUUUGAAAUGCAUUUUGUCACAUUAGCUUAUCAGUCACGUGACGUCUCCAGCAUGUUUUUCUGUUGUUUUUCAUUUUUCCUCAGGGGAGGUACCUUAGAGAAGAUCCCAAACAGAAACAACAGAUGUGUUCAUUUUCAUUGCAAAGUUCUGGGAAAAACAGAGCUUAUCUUUCCCAAAAUUAGCAUGAAGUUCUCAGUGACUGCUCACAGGGCAUCAAAGGCAUGUAAUUAUAUAAAUUGUGCAAUUUGUGAGGGUAGGACAAAAGCUACAGUCACAAAAACAGAAAAUCAUUCCCCCUGUAAGGUAUUUUGGCUGUUAUUGUUUAUUUAAACAUUGCAUUGAAUAAGGCAAAUUGUCGUGUUUUGAGUGGCUUUGUUAUUUACUGAACAAUGUAGCAUUGAUACAUCCUGCUGCUAAAAAGCUUUUCUAUUCCGGAGACAAAAUAAGUGGCCUGGAUCUCAAUUGUAGAGGCAAUAUCACCACCGCUGCACGCCAAUAAGAACACUGACCUUUGAUGUUAUACACAUUUCAGGAACCAGUCAUGAAUAUCUUUUAGCCAGGCUAGCCACAGGCAGGUGUUAAAUACACUCUUUACUUGUGUUUUUAUUUUUUUACUAUUGUUUAUGACUCCUCAGACAGUCCACAGUCAUGUCUUGAUGGAUCUGGUUAGAGUAUGAGUUUGCUACUACUGCAGCGUACAGUGGAAAUGGCUGGAGAUUGGCAGGGUAAUGUGGUCUACUGUAUAACCCUUGAAUCACAUCUAAUCACAUUCUAGGCCAAAGGUAAGAUGGUUACAAAGGCUGUCACUUGUCCUUUAUCCCAUGGCUUACUGAUACUAAAGGCUUUUGUUAAGUCAUGCACAGAUAGCCCAUUGGAAUCCCAGCUGCCCAUGGAGUAAUGGAGACUUCCGUUCUGUGUGUCAUUUCACUGAGAGAAUACAAACCACAGCCGAGGAACGCUAACCGCACAACUAAUUGCUUAAACGUCUGCAGGGACACAACUACUCCAAUAGCACUUUGGGAAAAAAGGAUACAAGUUAAAACGUGUCCUGACUGGUAUAAAUCUGGAGCUAUCCUAUUACCGCCUAAAUAGCUUUUGAAGACACGUCUCACCUCCGAUAAUUCUUGUCUGUGCCACGGUUCUGUGACAGACAGAAUUAAUUGAUAUGUUUUGUCUGCUUGUGGUUCGUCCCCCCUUAUGGUUUUACCAGGUCUGGCCUGUUUGCUGCCUCUGACUAAUUGCCUGUUUUGCAAGCAGGUUUGGUGUCUGAGCCUGAGUGUAAGCUGAGUGUUUUCCCCUGUCCGUGUGUCCCCUAUAGAGAGCAGUGUCCUGCAGAGCCCAGUAUUCACCAAGCAGCCUGGCAGCAUCGUGUUCCCUGUGGACUCCCAGGAGAACAACAGAGAGGUGGUGUUCAGCUGUGAGGCCCAGGGAAGCCCAUCUCCACUUUAUCGGUGAGUAUGUAAUACACAGUGCACGUCUCCCACCACAAUCAUUUCCCUCUGUUCUGCUAUUGUGGAUUGCUAAUUUUAUUGUGAUGUAGCCCACUGACUGCUGGACACAAAUCGUAAUAAAAUAGAUACUUUUAAAAAAUAUAUAUUUAUUUUUAUCUCAUUGAGAUCACGCAUACAUGAAGGGUAAAAUCAUUCAUCCCACUUAAGAUUCAGUAUGGAACAUUAUCUUUACUAUUUUGGGAAAUGCAGUGUGGCUCUGGUUAUGAACAGUACCUGGUUCAAACGUAUUGAGGCAGAGGCUCAAAGAGAGUGUCCCUUUCGCUCUCUCUUCUUCUCUUGGACGGUUCAUUAGUCUAUCGAAAGGUUAGUGUGUUGUAUCUCUGGCAACUACAAGGUUCAAAUCAAUCAUGUUUGCACACUGAAAUUGCUGGGUUGAGAUUUAGAAGGAUUGGUACGUUUAAUACUUGGAAUUGAGCCAGCUUAAAGGGUGACCUAAUCAGCUGUUUCCUGUCAAUGUCGCUGUACAGUCCUGUCAGAAAGAGCACAGAGCCUGGGCAGGGAUGGGCUACCAGCCUGCCUUCUAAUACUGUCUUGCUGUGUGCAGCUGCAGAUUAAAUAAUCUUCAAAGUUCAUUAACUGCACAUCACACAAUCGUAUACUGUGACUGGCUGAUGUAAGAGGUUGGGCAUUACAUUUGGCUCAUCCUCUGAUAUGCUUUAAAACUGUCUGUCCCUACAAGCAUAACGUUUCUAAGAGAAUAUUAACUCUGGAAAGAAGAAGCAUUGUUCUCUGGUUCUGGGUCUAUUUGGUUUCCCCCAAAAUAAAAGUGCCAUGCAGAAGGCUAAAGGAAAAUAACAGACCGUGUAACAUUCUACAAACUCAGAAGCCAGAUGGCAUGGUAUUAUACUACUGUAUGGACAUCCUGUUGAAACAUGAUCGCAUAAAGCAUGUGCUUAACAAACGGAGCUGCUGUUCCAGUGUCCCCCCUCUAGAGUGAUUGAUAGCAAAUGAGAUUAUUAGAUUAUCAGCAGCAUGUACAUGUACUUGAUUUAAUUUAUUGCUCGAUGUAUCAUAGCUGUGAUGUUAAAUUCUAUACAAGAGUCAUUGUCAGGACAAUAUCUAGUGACAAGACCAUGGAUUUCAUCUUAGUGUGUUAACCUAACUCCCUUACUUAUUCCUUUGUGCAGAACACACCUUGUGGAGCGUAAUGCUCCGAUGUUGACCUAAAGACAAAUGGAGUUAUGUGUUUUCUCACUAUUACCAUAUUAGUCAAAGCUAUGGCAGUCUUAACGCUCAUCCAAUACACCCUAUUUGCUACAAAAAGACCUAAACGAGCAAAUGUUUCCCUGUCAACCGGCCUUUUUGAAAGACACAUUUAAUGCUGUGUAUUAACAACUUCUCUCUGCAAACGCAUGUGAAAAUGAGACGGUGCAGCAUAUUGAUAGAUUGACAGUGAUCUUCUUUUGAAGGGUAGUAAACUCUACAGUCUUUGUGAUUUGUAACAAGAUAACUCACUCUUAUACAUCACGCAUCAAAUAUUUUUCUCGGUCCCCAAUUUGCUCUCUUUUAAUGUCUUAGAAAGUCACGGAUAAAGCAUUAAAUGAAUAACCGUCAGUAAAAUAAUUAGCAGGCAUGUGUUAUUAAAAUUGUUGGCUCUAUUGAGUGCUUUCAUUGUGGAUAUGUUGCUCACUCUCUCUGUUGAAGAAUAAUAGAAAACUGUUGAAUAGGGUGCUUUCAUUUUUAAUGCAAUGCAAUUUUUUCUCUGAAACAAAAAUAGCACUUAGUAACAACACAUAACAGCCUGCUAUGAGAGCUGAUGACGACUUCUUCUCUGGGAUAUCUAGGAUCAUGUUAGAGGCUCUUCUCUUCCUAUCAAUUGCAGGUUCUCUCUCUGAAAGCCUGAGUAGUUAGAGUAGACUCACUACUGGGAAGUAAAAUAUUAAUGUUUGUACUUGUUUUUCUUGCAUUGGAAGUAAGUGAAUGGCUGGAGUUGCCUUGUGAGACGGUCGGUGAGGAUCUUUGCCAUAGUGUGUGUAAAGUAAUGAGGCUCUGGAGACCAGGGGUCUUGCGUAUGUACUCUAAGGCUAGUUUGGAGUAGGCAUGGUAAUGAAUGAGGGAAUCAUUAUAUAUGUUGCUUGUACAAGCAGUGCUACCCCAAUAAGCACUAUGUAUUUAAUGGCAUGGCCAUAUUGUAUUCUGUACAUAAGAAGAAAGCCACGGGAAAUGUUUGUAAUCAUAUAUCUUUAGGUGAACUACAUGUUCCCUUUUUCUCAAGCAUUGAUACAGAACAUGUUCAGGUGCUUAUUAUUUUGACUGUGUCUCAGUCAUAAUUGCCAUAGCACGACUUGAGUUCUCCCCUUUCUAUAGCGAAACCCUGGGAGAGAUAACUCUCAGUCCCAGUCUUUAUUUAAAUGCUUGAUAUGGUUGUUGGUUGUCUAAAUGGUAGAUGAAAGAGAACGAAGAAAUUGCCGUCAAAUGUUAUGCUUUUAACCUGGCUGUAACCUUUUACCGUGGUCUCUUUAUUAGUAUGCCUUUUCUCAGCUAAAUCAUACAAUAAAAUAGCUUUUAUCUAUUCAAGCAGAGCUACACCAACCUAAUGGACAUAUUCCUAGGAAUGCUUUGACAAAUUCACCCUAUUUGCUGAGCUGUUUGGAAUCCAUAAAGACAAUAAAUUAUUCUCCUCACUCCAAAGACAUAAUCAGCAACUAAUCACCCUGGACUCUAAUAAUGAUUUGCAUCGCCCAUUUCCCAAUAAAGUGAUUAAGAAUACCUAUCAUGCUUACUCACAUGUGAAAUGCCAUUUUUUAGUUUUGUUGUAAUAGGACUGGACAUUGUUGAUAAUCACCUACAAGUAUCAAAGUGUUUUUGUGUCAAGACGUUGUGAUGUGUAAAUUAGGUGUUCACACCUCCAUAACUGGGAUUUCGCUUGUCUCGAUCCCUUCACCCCCCUGUUGUUUGGUAUUGUAACGACCAUUCUGCUCUAUGUGGAGGGAUUGAGGAAUCUGCUGCCUUCAUAAGUGAAUUAUAUCCUUCACUGAUCACCUCUAACACCAAUGAUAAUCUUGUAGCCUGGUGUAGAAUGCAAAAGUGCAGAAUGCAGGGUGCUAGUCAUUAAUUUUAAUUGCUGCAUCGUAAUGAUUAAGCUGCAUUUUUAUGCUGUUUGACUGGGUGUCUAGCAAGAUGGAUGGCCAAGGAGGCUGUGUAUUCUUGUUGAGUGGGCUAUUUUCUGCUCCGUGGUGUGCCGGCCGUCAGUGUGGUUCACUACUUAGAUUAACGUUAAGCCUUUUAUUCUCUUAUUGAAAAGGAAUUAAUCAAAUGAAGGUAAAAUAAUACUUUUCUUUGUCAGAAUCUCAUCUUGUCCUAAAGGUGAAUGAUCUACAUUAGAAUGGAGUUAAUGGUGGGAUUCUCAGAUUGUCUAUCAAAUGUUCUGGAUCUAACUGCUUUUCAUUUUGUUUCUAGAUGGAAACUGAAUGGCACCGCAAUCACUCCAAAAUCAGGCUCACACUACAGCCUGUCUGGAGGCAACCUCCGAAUCAGCCAUUUGAACAAAGACCAGGAUGCUGGAACAUAUCAGUGCCUCGCCUUCAACUCUUUUGGGACCAUCGUGAGCCGAGAGGCCAGUCUAACCUUUGCAUGUAAGUCACUAACUAUCUUUUGUUCCCUCUCUGAUCAAACUGUACUAGCCAGCAGUGUGAAAGCAUGUGACAUAAAAGAUAUGUCAGUGGGACUUGUGAUAGUGUCUAGUGUCCCGCCUGAUAAAACGAUCAACAUGGAAAUAUCUCCUUGGGGAGCAGCAGUUCCCAGUGCUGUGAUUCCACACUCCCCUUUCUGUCAGGGUGCAUCUUAAUCCUGAUAGAGCUGAAACAUGAAUCUACACAACUCCAACGCACAAAACUAACUCUCCAUCACUUUCCCCAGGCUUGGCUGUUACUCAAAAUAAG